UAUUGUAAACGAAAACAGUGACAUUUGAAAUCUAUGGAAGUUGAAUGGUAGGCGACAAGAAGUCCUACGAUUUAAUUAAAGUAUGUAUUUAUGACACACCGCAUUCUCAAACUGGACAGUAUAGCAAACUGGAGGGGCAGCUGUGUGGGGUAAAUAGCUAAGCGUUGUAACGUGAGCUGACUGCAGAGGUUUGAUAGGUAGGUAGCUAGCUAGCUGCUGCUACAACCGCGAUCAUGAGUGAAGAUGACAACUCAGCAUCAGCAAACAAAGACAAAGACUCGACUCUGUUGUUCACUAAAGACGGGCAAAGGUACUACGUGAGUAAGAGCGGAGUAGUCGACAGCAGGAAUGUGAUAACGCCGCACGAACCGGAGAACAACGUCUCCUCUUACGACAUGGACGAUAUGGACGAGGAGAGCGACGUUCUGGACACCUCGGAUCCCAGGGACAGCGCCGCCAGCCCGGAGGAACUCAACGACGAGGAGACCUCGGAGGGCGACAACGCACCCAAACAGUGCACCUAUGAGGGGUGCACGGAGACCACAACGCAGGUGGCGAAGCAGAGGAAGCCCUGGAUGUGCAAAAAACACCGCAACAAGAUGUACAAAGACAAGUACAAGAAGAAGAAGAGUGAUCAGGCCAUGUCCAGUGGAAAAAUUGACGAAAACUCAGAGGAGCGGCCUGUGUCUGUGAACAAACAGCGUUUGGGUGCCAUCGGUGACCGGCCAGCCAGACCCUCCCUGAUCGAGCAGGUCCUCAACCAGAAGAGACUGUCACUGCUCAGAAGUCCCGAGGUGAUCAGCUUCCUGCAGCAGCAGCAGCAGCUCCUUGCCACACAGAGCCGCAGCCAAACACAGCAGCAGUUCCCGAGCUGUUGACGCCGGCCCGUCAGUGUUUUUGCACAGAGAGCACUGAAGAAACACUGGCACGUCAUGCGUAAAUGGUGCGUAACCGUGUACUGUGAACAUGACUUUCUCCAGCCAGACAGCCAUGCAGAAGAAAGAACAACAUGGUGAGACUGGUGGACUAAACUAGGUGAACUGAUCUAAAUCCCUUAAAAGGCAUGACUUUCUGGCCAUGUCUGGUGCUAUUUCUUUUCACUUUUACUUGUGAAUUUAGUUUUUAAUUCCCAUUCUUUGUGUUAGUCCCCCGUCUUCAUGUGACAAUAAUAAUGAUGGCAUUGGAUUGCGAUCGUUUUGUCAAAGUUAUUCAGAUGUCGAAGUCUCAGUUUAACUGAAUAAUAUUGUGAGCUCAAUGUGAGCCUCCUGUCUUUUCCAUUGCUGGAAAAAAAGAACAUGGCCGUUUCUUUGUGUUUUUGAGUGUGUGUAAUACUUUUCAGUCCGAAUUAUUCACUUUGUUUUUAGCCUAAUGUUGUCUCUUUAACAUGAACGUGUUGUUAUAUGUGACAAUCAAUUGUGUGAUGCAUGUUUGGAGCCCUGUUGGAGGAACUUUCAGGACUUGUUUUUACCACACUAACUGUAUACAAAAAGGAAAACAAAUCAAGUUUGGUUGGAUUUAUAUUGAUCAUGCUAGCUAUGUUGUGCUGUACGCUACUGUAUGUUGAUCCCGUGUUUUUAAGUUGAAGUGUAUGUUCUGCUGUGAAUAUGAGUAAAAUUAUUAAGCUAA